UCCGCCGGGUUUUCCUCAAUCCAAUCUGACGUUAUGCUAUAUUUGUCGUGUUCAAACCGGGGGAACAUGGGGAGACAGUUUCAAAUAAGCGUUGUGGGUGUGCUUGUUAUCAUGAGUAUAGUUCUGAUUGUAACGAUAGUCAUGAAUCUACAACUCCAGAAUGCUUUAAAUAUCACUCAGGACGAAUUCAGCCGAAUUUUGAACUCAACUCAGCAGAUCGAAGACCCGCGACCGAAAUGGACGAAACUGAAAACAAAGCUAAACGAGUUGUCAAGGAAGAAUGACAUCCUCAACAGAUCCAUCAAAACCCUGGAACGUCAAGUGACAAAACAAAAAAACGAAUUCCAGCCGGCCGCAGCUCACCUGUGGUUAGACUUGACAAAAACUCGGCGUGCAGAUGGUACCCUCUUGUGGCGAAGCACUCGAGAGCAAAAUAAUGAUCAUUUCGUGAACGGUGGCAUCAGCAGCGGGAAUGAUGGAGUCAUCAGCGUCACAGACUCAGGCGUCUAUCUCUUCCAUGGUCACAUUUGUUUUGAUACGUUCCUCAACGGCUUAGAAAAGAAAUCCGAAUUGAUUAGAAUAUUCAUCGUCAUAAAUCGUCGAAUCUCUGGUCCAAUGCCGUUCUCGAAAGAUAUCAUCGAUUUGGUGAAGGUGAAAAGAUAUUCGUACCUGUCGACGUGUUUCGUUGGCUCACGUAAACUGGCAGCGGGGGAUGAGUUCUUCUUCAUGUUUGAAAGUCGUGUUUCUACGCAAUACAUUGCAUACGGAAAUUCAUCCACAUGCAAUUCGUUGACAAUCGUCAGAGUUUUUUGACGUAACUCACUAGUAUGGGAAUCGAGGAAUGAAACUCACUCACUGGUGGAGUUUGGGAUGGAAACUGGAUAUAUCUGUCAGCUACAGCUAUGAAAAAUAGAUAUAUUUCUAAUGAACCCUUAUCGUGUUUUCAAAGCAGCGCCAAGUUUUGGAUUUUUU